AGUGUGAAUUUUCUUGAAUUUCAGAAAUCUGUAGAUACUAUCAGAACAAUGGGUGACGAAUACGAACAGAAGAUCCGUGAUCUCCAGAGGUUUUAUGUCGACUUCUUGGACGACAGCGACGACCAGGGAAUAUACAGUAAACUGGUCAGGGAUAUGGUAGAGAGCAAAGGAACGCGACUGAUUGUCAGUAUCAAUGAUCUCCGACGCGCGAACCCUGAGCGCGCCAAGGGUCUCAUGAACAAUAGUUUUGAAGAGGUAGCAGCUUUUCAAAGAGCAUUGAAGGAGUUUGUCGGUAGCAUUGAUUCAAUUUAUGCAAGAGAGAAAGAGGACUUUUUUGUUGGAUUUGAGGGAUCCUUUGGAUCCAAGCACGUGACUGCGCGCACACUCAACGCUCGUCUACUCGGGAGCCUCGUCUGCCUCGAGGGGAUUGUUACCAAGUGCUCUCAGGUUAAACCGAAGGUUGUUAAAUCUGUUCACUACUGCCCUGCAACGGAAAAGACGAUUGAAAGAACGUACACAGAUCUGACUUCUCUGGAUGCGUACCCCAGCACUGCAGCUUAUCCUACCCAGGAUGAGGACGGAAACCCUCUUCAGACUGAGUUCGGAGAUUGUAAGUUCAAGGACCAUCAGACCCUGACCCUACAGGAGAUGCCGGAGAAGGCCCCGACCGGUCAGCUCCCGAGGAAUUGUGACGUCAUCCUGGACAACGAUAUGGUUGACGCAGCUAAACCCGGAGAUAGGGUUCAAGUUGUAGGAUGCUUCAGAUGUUUGCCGAACAAGCAGCAGGGCUACACCGGAGGAACCUUCAGGACGGUUGUCAUCGCGAACAACAUCACCCUUCUCUCCAAGGAGGUCACUCCAAACAUCACAGGGAAGGAUGUGCAUGAGUGCAAGAAGUUCUCUAAACAGAAAGGGAGUGUGUUCGAUAUUCUCUCUAAAAGCUUGGCUCCCUCCAUUCACGGUCACGAGUUCGUUAAGAAGGCCCUGCUGUGUAUGCUGUUGGGAGGAGUGGAGAGAAACCUACCAAAUGGAACCCGUCUCAGAGGAGACAUUAACAUCCUUCUUAUUGGAGAUCCUAGUGUUGCAAAAUCUCAACUUUUAAGAUAUGUUCUGAACACAGCUCCUCGCGCUAUUGCAACCACUGGUAGAGGAAGCAGUGGUGUUGGUUUAACAGCUGCUGUCACCACAGACAAGGAUACUGGAGAACGACAGCUGGAAGCAGGAGCUAUGGUUCUAGCAGACAGAGGUGUUGUCUGUAUUGACGAGUUUGACAAGAUGACUGAUGUUGAUAGAACCGCGAUCCACGAGGUCAUGGAACAGGGUCGUGUCACCAUCAGCAAGGCAGGGAUUCACGCGAGCUUAAACGCGCGUUGUAGCGUGCUUGCUGCCGCUAACCCUGUUUAUGGUCGGUAUAAUCCCUACAAAUCCCCCAUGGAAAACAUUGGUCUUCAGGAUUCUUUACUUUCAAGGUUUGACUUGUUGUUCAUCCUGCUUGACACUAUAGAUGUGGAUAAUGAUCGUAAGAUCGCUGAUCAUGUUGUAAGAAUGCACAGGUACCGAAACCCUAAUGAACAGGACGGCGAGGUCCUGAGCAUUGCUGCGGACGCGGACGUGUUAACUACCAAGGACCUUGAGGGAGAGGAGGACGAGAACGAAGAGACGCCGAUGUACGAGAAGUACGACGCUCUUCUACACGGCAACUCCCGGAAGAAGUCCGACAAGAUUGUUAGCGUCCAGUUUAUGAAGAAAUAUAUCCACAUCGCUAAAUGUAUCCGCCCCGCCAUGACCGACGAGGCAAGCAGUAUUAUCGCCGAAGAAUACGCCGAUUUGAGAACGGCGGAUUUCGCCAACGAUAUGGCAAGAACCCAACCUGUGACUGCUAGGGCACUAGAGACACUUAUUCGUCUCGCUACUGCUCACGCUAAGGCUAGGUUGAGUAAGGUGGUUGAGGAGGAGGAUGCCGAGACAGCUAUACAGCUGGUACAGUUCGCAUACUUCAAGAAGGUUCUCACUAAGUCAAACAAGAGAAGGAAAAGGGAUGAUGGUAGUGAGGAUGAGGAAGGGAUGAGCCAGGAGGAUGAAGAAGGAGAUGAAGAAAUCCGUCCUACUCCGAGUAAGAAACCAAGAAAAGGAUCGGCUGAAGGUAUAAGUGUAGAGGAGAGUGAACUACUCGCUGCUACUGCUGCAGCUUCUAAACCUGCCACCGUUGAGGUCUCCUCGGAGAGAUAUAAACACUUCAUGUCUCUAUUAUACAAACUUGUCCAAGAGAACUAUCAGACUCAGUCCCUGGAGAUGCAGCAGAUUUACACUUUCAUGGAGAGGAAUGAGAAGCAAAAACCAUUUUCUGAGGCUGAGAUUGAUGUGGUGUUAGACCGUAUGCAGGACGAGAACAAGGUGAUGAGGAGUGGGGAAACCAUCUACAUCAUCUAGACCAACCUCGACACCAACCUCAUUACCAUCUUCAACAUCGAGAACAUUAUCACAAUGAUUCAAGAUCCUAACCUUGCUGGCCUUAUCUGAUAGUACAAGCAUAGUUUGCCAGUUUUUAUGCAAAUAUAUUUUUAUAUUUUUA